AUAGAAGUAUUUCCAAUUUUAAGUCUCGUGAAAAUCACGCGAAUGAUAGUGGUAUGUGUUAAGGAAACCAUUAAUCAAUUGGGACGGGCCACACGUGCUUAAUUUUAUCAACCUCUCUUGCACUUAUGUAUAAAAUACUUCAUUUUUCAUGAGGCAUUGUCUUCUCGUAAAGGAUCCAGCACUUGACGUUUGAUAAACCAUGAUUGCCUCAAUUACCAUCACGUUUUUAUUUUUUGCAUCUAUUCAAGCACGAGUUAUCACUAAUACCUCUUGUCAAAUUACGAUAACUUAUAAGAAUGGAGAUUUAAAAGAACCACAACCACUUAUUUUAUCGAAAAAUAAAGAAGACACGAUUUUUUUAUAUCCAAAAGAUAAAUCAGGCAUUUUAACUAUAUCAUCAGGAGAAAAAAUUUAUUUAGCAUGUCCUGGUAAAUACAAUCAACUUCAAGGAGUUGAAGGACUGACAGCAGUCAAAGAAGUCGAGGCAACAUGUUUAAAAGAAAAAACAUUUAUCAUUAAUUCAACUCAGUUUAAUUUCACAACCGCUACGUGUAAAUAUUUACCAGAGCACGAAGCUCAAAGAAGACCAGUAAAAUGUUACGGUGAUAACACAUAUAUUGAAAUUGGAUUUCAAUUAGAAAAGGAAUUUUUACGUACCAUUGAAAUAUGUAGAAAUGAUGCUACAUUAUCAACAGACUACACAAAAUUUAGAUUGACUCAUAAAAUAGGAAAUAUGCAAUCAAAUUAUCCUAGGCCAAGAAAAUGGGUUACUGGAGAUUUUUAUAAUAGAAUAAAUGUUGAUUAUUAUUAUAAAGCAACAACACAAUUGAAUAUGAUGAAAAAAAUUACUGGAUCUGAAGAACUUGCUGAUAAAUACAUCCAAGCAGGGAGGCGUUUUUUAUCACGAGGACAUAUGACUGCUCGAUCUGAUUUUGUGUAUGGAAAUGCACAAAGAUCAACAUUUUGGUAUUUAAAUGCAGCUCCUCAAUGGCAAACUUUUAAUGCUGGUAAUUGGAAUACUCUAGAAGACAGUAUCAGAAGAUUUGCACAAAAAAAAUUAUUAAACCUUGAUGUUUAUACAGGCGUUCACGGCCAAAUGAACAUUACUGACGUUAAUAAUAACCAGAUACCACUUUAUUUAUUUGUAAAUAAAACUCAACAGAAUUUACCAGUUCCAAGGUUUUUUUGGAAAGUGAUAUAUGAUCCAUUGGAAGAAAUUGGUACAGCUUUUGUAGGAGUAAAUGAUCCUUAUGCUUCAAAUAUCACUGAUGACAUGUAUAUGUGUCAAGACAUUUCGAAAAGCAUUAGAUGGCUUAGAUGGGACCCCAAUUCCAUUACGAAGGGUAUUUCUUACGCGUGUGCUAUUGAUGAUCUCCGUAAAAAUGUGCCAUCGAUUCCAAAGUUAAAAGUUCAUGGUGUCUUAAAGUGAAUCGAUAAUUCAAUAAAAAACACAAUAUGUUUUUAUACUCCAACGUUAUAUAAACAAUUUUUCCUAAAUAAAGGAAAAACAUAAAUAUAGAAUUACUUUUCAUUACGUAAAUUUAUAUUUAUAACGAUAAAA